ACGCUGUGUUUGGCGACAAACCUGCCAGGAGGCGUGGGACCUCAGCUGACUUCACAUCGCCAAUGCUGCAAAAUCCUCAAGUCGCAGCAUCCAUUCAUAAACCGAUAGCCACCUACGAUCAUGGGCUCUUGAUCGCGAAACCAGAAAUAUCCACCGCUCACUGGCCAUCUCCCAGUCUUUCUUGCAUGUCACUUGCACAGCAUUUACAGGCAACGCCCACCACAACUCGCAAGGAAGCAUAACGGCUCGACAACACCGCGAUUUGCCAAGAUGAAGGAUCCCUUCCCUCUGGAACCGUUGCCAUGGCUUUCGAAAGCAGCACAGCCCUGGGCUGAUUACUUGUCGCUGCCCUCACUGCCUCUCCAUAUCCACGAAGUCCUUAUUGCAGGCCUUCUAUACUCUGUCAUCUAUUGGCCGGUUUCGCCUUUGCUCUCCAAUUUACUGGUUGGGGAGCGCUACAGAAGCUUGCCUAGGAAGCGCCGCGUGAAUUGGGAUGCACACGUCGUGUCCUUCUUCCAGAGUACGUUGAUCAACGGGCUUGCGCUCUGGAUCAUGUUCGUCGACGACGAACGUCGUGAAAUGGACUGGCAGGCUCGUAUUUGGGGAUACACUGGCGCCGUUGGCAUGAUCCAGGCUUUGGCUGCCGGCUACUUUCUAUGGGAUCUGGUUGUCACCAGUUUGAACAUGGAUGUUUUCGGUCCUGGCACUCUUGCCCAUGCCGUCAGUGCCCUACUCGUCUACUCUUUUGGCUUCCGUCCCUUCGUCAACUACUACGCCCCGGUCUUCAUCUUGUGGGAGUUGUCGACGCCCUUCCUCAAUAUACACUGGUUCUUCGACAAACUUGGCAUGACGGGCACAAAGCCUCAACUCUACAACGGCCUUGUGCUUUUGUUCACCUUCUUCAGCUGCCGUCUCGUCUACGGAACUUAUCAGUCUGUCAUGGUCUUCCAAGAUAUUUGGGCAGCAAUGAACACAUUUCCCGGACUUGAGCUGCUGAAGGGGGCGAGUAACUCGCCGGGCAGCAAUAUCCCGUUGUCCGAUACCAUGAGAUUUUUGACGACCUCAUCAACAGUUCCGACGUGGCUGGCAGCAGCGUAUCUUAUCAGUAACCUAACGUUGAACGGACUCAACUUUUACUGGUUUGUCAUGAUGAUCCGCGCGGUACGCAAGCGGUUCCAGCCAAGUAGGCCAGUGGGUGGUCAGGAGAAGCAAGCUCAAGCUGUACUGCACGCCGCGGACAGCGCACCAGGUCCUGCAUCAGUGCGACCACGGAGGAGGAAAGCAUGAUUCCAGCAGAGAAUGCGUGUUUCCAACGUCAGGUAGACGACGUGUUGCUAGGUUGGACGAUCUAGUGAAGUCGCUGUAUGAGCGGGGCAGUCACUAUCUGAACAAGCAUGUUCAGGCAUGAUUAGAUGUUUUUUGAGUUGAGAGCGUCCCAACAUUCACAUUGCUCUCAAGACUGGCGCGGAGACCUUGUCACAUGAGAGGUGGGAUACAUUGGGUGGAUGGUUUUUUUUAGCAGUCGUAUUUUAUUGAAUAGAGCGAAGCAAACACAUUGGACACGCGAGGCCUCAUUUGCGAUAUCUCAGACCAUCUCGGCGACCAGAGAAUAUCUACAUUAAGGCUGUGAUC